GCAGGCAUCCAGAGGAGGUGGGCGAGAUCUAAUAACAACAAUAAUAACAAUAAUUUGUCUCAUACUUAAUAGCAGGCCCGGCCGUCAGCCCUUGUGCUAAUUGGAUCGCUCUAGGGCCUGGCUGGGCUGGGCCGGGGAGGGCGAGUGGGGGUCAGAGCAGGGUGAGGACCCAGCCGGGGUGGUGCUGCUGAGAAACUGGGGAGCCGGGAGGGAAGACAGGGUGGGGAGGCUGAGGAAGGGCAGGACCCACCUCUGUCAGCCUCAGAAGGUGUCAGGCUCACAGUCAGACCAGCUGCAGGAGCUGCCCGGGUCCUGGGGGUCCUGGGAGCUAGUCAGGGCAGCCUGUGGCCUUCCUCUCUGCACCAGCCUCUGCAGAUGGGAGUUCCCCUCUCCGUCCCCCUCCAAGAUCCUGGGGUAGGACCCAAAGUCCCCAGGAUCAGGACAGGAGGCCUCAGAAGCUGCUUGAAUGAAUGAAUGAAUGAGUGGAUGAGUGGAUGGGCGGAUGGGCGGGGUAGCGGGUGAGCAAGUGAGUGGAUGGGAGGAAGGCACCUGGGCAGUCUAGUGAAGGCCCUCAGCUCUCCACGAGGAUGCCACAGCCUGCACUUCCCAAGCCUCUCCUUGGGUCUCACGCGGGUUGUGCGGCGGCCCAGUGAGGCCCAGCCGCUUGUGCAGGUGACAGAGUGGGGCAGGGAGGUGCCAGGAGCCAGGGCAGCACUGCUGCAGGGCCCUUCCUGGGAAGGCGGCCGUGUUCUCACCCAGGUGGUUGGUUUAAAUCUGCCUGGCAGGUGGUGUCACCUCCCCGUGCCCGGGGCUGAAACCGAAAUGGAGAGCAGACUGUCCCCGGGUCCCCAAGUGUGCCCUGGGCGGGGCAGCCCUGACCUGUAGCCCCAGCAGGAGACCCCACCCACCCUCAGAAGUCAAGGUGAGAAGCUGUGUCCUCUUACCCUCCUGCCUCAUCAGGGCUUCCCGCCGAGUUUGGAAUAACAUGCAGGCUCCUGGUGGGGCCUCCGCGGCCCCUCGUGUUCAUCUGCUGCCCCCAGGCUGGCUCCGUGGCUUUCAGGGCCCAGUGCAGAGUGAAGAGGUGCGCCCCCGUGCAAGGAUCAAGGAGAGAGCCUUUCUCUUUCUUCUGAGGUCUCCCCACCUGUCAGAGUGUGCCUUCAGGCGCAGAGGCCCCAAGCCCCCAGCGCCUGCCCCCUCUCCUGCUGGACGUCAUGUGCAAGACACAGCUCCGAAAAGAAAACUAUAAGGGUCUUGGCAUGGCGACCACAGCACUGACCCCCAGGCGGGGGCCUUCUCCAGGCCGCCCGCCGGCCCCUCCCACCCCCCCAGCCUUCCCGCCUCCAGGCCUUUCCUGUGUGCCUCCUUGGCCUGGGAUGCUUCCCCCAGACCCUGGCCCCCUUGCUCCUUUGCGUCUGGGUUGGCAGGCUUUCUGAAACAGGCCAGGUGGUAAACGUGUUAGGCCUUACAGGCCAAGAGGCAGAAUUGAGGAUAUGUAUGGAUACCUCGAUAUCGAUUAAAAUGUGACCGUUUGACCACAGUGCAAACUGUCCUUUGCUGGCGGGCAGCUUACGGGGGUCGUCGUGGGCGGACCCUCUGCACAGCAUUCCAGUCUGUCCCCAUCUGUGGGGGAGGUAGGGUUUUCUUCUGCCCUCUUGGGGCUUCCGGCGGGACUGACUGAGACAGAUUAACAGGAGAAAAGCUUAGAACUCGUGGGAGCCUCGCGGGAAGAUCGAGGACCCAGCGCAGUGCCAGGCGGAGGCACUCUUUAUACAGCAGGGCGAGCAGAGUGGCCAGGGUUGGGGUGAGCUGCCGCCUCGGAGGGCGGAGGAUGGGUCACUGUGAUAGAUCCCCCUCCACCCCGUGUCUCUCCCUCCCUCCCCCUCCCCCUCUUGGACUGUUUCUCCCUCCUGGGGCAGGGAGGGCACCUUCCCGUGGGGGUUGGUCUCCUGCUUUCAGGAGAAGGUGGGUUCAGAGUGUCCUCCUCGCACCUGCUGUUUUCUGAGUGCCUGGGACUCAAGAUAAUCAGUGUGACAAAGUGGCCUGAACCUCACGCCCUGGCUCAAGGCCAGCCUUCUCCACUGCCCACCGCUUCCGGGCCUGGCCUCACUUUGUUCCUGGCUCUUCCCACGGUGGACAUGGGGUCCUGGCUCCCUCACUGCCUGUUCUGGGAAGCGCGGGCCGCUGGUGCUCAGGGAGCACCUCUGAGCGCAGGAAAUCUGUUCUGGCUACGGGGCAGGCCCCCUGACACCUCCCUGUCCUCUGUCCAGUCCCCCUGCUUGUCCCCAGGACGGCCCCUCGCCCUCCCACUGCAGGAAGCCGGCCUGAGGUGGAAGUCCCUGAUUUUAUUGACUUAGCAGUGCAAGUGGGAGCACGUGAUAACCGCUUGGCAAACAAGUUCCCACACAGCGGAGCGGCUGGUCCUACCUCCUCAGCCCCCUCAGCACUGGGCUUCUCUUCCUUUUCUUUCUCUUCAGCGUUUCUAAUGUUUGCUGUGUUGGGAUCAGAGGCCCUCAGACAAUUUUUAAAGUCGGUUUACGUUGUAAUUGGGAUGUAACUCGCAUUCCAUAAAACUCGCCCUGAUAACGUGUCCAGUUGAGCUGUUUUUAGUAUGCGCACAAAGCUGUUGUGUACGCACUGAUUCCAGCACAUUUUCAGCAGUCCAGAAGGUACCCCGUGCCCACGAGCAGCCCCUCCCAGCCCCGGCCGGGCCGCCUCUUGUCUCUGCCCGGACACUUCACAGCAGCGGAGCCGUGCUCUGAGUGGCCCUCUGUGCUGGCUGCUGUCCCUGAGUGGGGACCCAGACAUGGAGCUGCGGGAAGAGGCCUGGUCUCCGGGGCCGCUGGAUUCUGAGGACCAGCAGAUGGCCAGUCACGAGAACCCAGUGGACAUCCUCAUCAUGGAUGACGACGACGUCCCCAGCUGGCCCCCGACCAAGCUGUCCCCGCCCCAGUCUGCGCCCUCGGCCGGCCCCCCGCCCCGGCCCCGGCCCCCGGCCCCCUACAUCUGCAACGAGUGCGGCAAGAGCUUCAGCCACUGGUCCAAGCUGACGCGGCACCAGCGCACGCACACGGGCGAGCGGCCCAACGCCUGCAGCGACUGCGGCAAGACCUUUUCGCAGAGCUCGCACCUGGUGCAGCACCGACGCAUCCACACGGGCGAGAAGCCCUACGCCUGCUCCGAGUGCGGCAAGCGCUUCAGCUGGAGCUCCAACCUCAUGCAGCACCAGCGCAUCCACACCGGUGAGAAGCCCUACGCCUGCCCCGACUGCGGCCGCAGCUUCACGCAGAGUAAGAGCCUGGCCAAGCACCGGCGCUCGCACAGCGGCCUCAAGCCCUUUGUGUGUCCGCGCUGUGGCCGCGGCUUCAGCCAGCCCAAGAGCCUGGCACGCCACCUGCGGCUGCACCCGGAGCUGUCGGGGCCCGGGGUGGCGGCCAAGGUGCUGGCGGCCAGCGUGCGCCUGGCCAAGGCCCCCGAGGAGGCGGCGGCGGCGGACGGCGAGAUUGCCAUCCCGGUGGGCGACGGCGAGGGCAUCAUCGUGGUGGGAGCGCCGGGCGAGGGGUCCGCGGCGGCCGCGGCCAUGGCGGGCACGGGGGCCAAGGCGCCGGGACCCCGCUCGCGGCGUGCCCCGGCCCCUAAGCCCUACGUGUGCGUGGAGUGCGGGAAGGGCUUCGGGCACGGGGCCGGGCUCCUGGCCCACCAGCGCGCCCAGCACGGGGACGGGCUGGGGGCGGCGGGCGGUGAGGAGCCCGCGCACAUCUGCGUGGAGUGCGGCGAGGGCUUCGUGCAGGGUGCGGCGCUGCGGAGACACAAGAAGGUCCACGCCGUGGGCGCGCCCUCCGUCUGCAGCCGCUGCGGACAGAGUUACUACCGCGCCGGCGGGGAGGACGAGGACGACGACGAUGAGGCGGCAGGCGGGCGGUGCAGCGAGUGCCGCGGCGGCGAGGGCCGGUAGGGGCGGGGGCCCGGGGGGGCAGGGCCCCUCGGGCUUGGCGGGGCAAUGGCGCAGGACCCAGAGACCCGGGGAGAAGUGGACUGGACAGAUGGGUGCCAUGGACCGACGACGCACUUGUCUCCUUCGGCUCCCACGGCCCGGCCCGGACGGUCCGCGUGGUGCGGUGGGCCUGGGGCGGGGGAUGGGGCGCGCUCAGUGCGCCACCUGGCUCCUCCCCGCGCCCGGCCCCUCGGCCUGCCCGCCCCUUGUAGGUUUUCGGUCGAGCCCGAAUUAAGACGUUGUGUGAGAACUAGAGACCAAGAGACGACAAAACUCACGAGCGAAAGACCAUUUUCCCUCUUUCUCUUCCCCCACCGACUGGGGGUGUUGUGAGGAUGGCGAGCAGUCGGGCCCUUUUCACUUGGAGGGGCCCCAGAGCUGGAAGGGAAAGAGGGGUCGUUUUCCCUUUUAGAAUUUUCUUUUAAUCAUUACCCCAUUCCUGACCCCUGCCCACCUUUAUUUUCUCUCUUCGCCGCGGCCGCGGGUCCCAUCCUCCUUCCUGGCCCUAGUCCUUCCUCCCCUCCUGGAUUUGGGGUAGCAGAGGAGUGCUGGAGCAGAACCCGCGUCCAACUGCACUCCUUAGAGAAUGGGGGCCCGUCUCUUUCCUGGCCUGGGCGAGGUGGAAGGAGGGGCGCGGGGGGCAAUAAAUCGCGCUAUCCAAUUGUC